UCUCAGACACUCACAGCCUGAACGCUGCAGGAGCACAGCCCAACAUCUUCAUCCUCUCCUGGUCCAAGCCAACUACUGCAGUCAUGAAUGUAGGUAUCUGUGUGUGUGUUCUCCUGGCUGCUCUGUCCAGCAGAUCCCUGAGUCUGCCCUCACAUACUGUGUCACAGAGAGCCGAGGGCGAGGCUCUCCCCUCAGGCAGCCUGCCUCCUCACCACACACGGCAGGCCCGCUCGGCUCCAGCGCUCCCCUCAGGGCAGCUCGCCAGCUACACCACGCCCCAGGAGGGCGCAGACGCUCGGAGCAGCCUGAGCCAGCUACUGGCCAGACUCAUCUCCAGGAAAGGCUCUCCCUACCAGACCAGAUCCUCCCUGAGCAGCAGAGCCAGCGGCCUGGCCCCCAGCCACAGGAUAAAGGACAGAGACUACCUCGGCUGGAUGGACUUUGGGCGACGCAGCGCAGAGGAGUACGAGUACUCCUCCUAAAGGCACGGCUCGGUUUGUUUUUUUCGCCAUGAAAAAAAAAAAAAAAAAACACCGAGUGAAAACCACCAACAGCACCGCCGAUUAAAAAAAAAUAAAUAAAUAAUGGGCCCUUUUCACACUGCAUUCACUGUAACCAAGGGCUGACCUGACCAGAGCCUUGAACUAGUCUAGCAUCAUUAUUAUGUAUAAGCAGAGAGGAGAAAGAUCCUGCCAUCACUGUCCAAGCUGCUCCCCACUGCACGUCUGACAAUAUUCUAUUUGGUUGUUAUUAUUAUUUUUUUAUAUAUAUAUAUAUAAAAUCCUGUGAAAACAUCAGAACCAGCAGUGUGCCAGUCCAUCUCUGAACACUUUCUCACUUCUCUAUCUGUGGCCUCUUCAUGGCCUCAAACCUACCUGUGUCUGUUGUAUGCAUCAGUCAUCAAAUAACAAGUCACAAAGUGUGUAUUUUCAUCUUUGCAAAGACUCUGUGACAGCUGUCUCUAAACUAGAGAGAAGUUGGGACUAUUUUCAGCUGUGGAUUAAUACAGAUUUGGUGUUAAAGUGAGUAUUUUUUUGGCAGCAGGAUGACGCUUGUGGGAGUGAGUAAAAAUAUGUGUUCAUAGGCAAGUAACCUCCAAAAUGUAAUAUAAAACAAACUGCUAGUUACUUUCAGUUGGAAGCAUUUAGUUACUUUACACUGUUUGGGUUAGUCCUCACUGUCGGUGUAGAGUAAUGUGUCUCUGAUUACUUUCGUGUUCCUUUCGCUAACAAAAAUAUCCACAGAAGUCUCUCAAGGAAUUAUUCAUGAGAAGAGGGUAGUCAAAGCACGAGCCUUUGUCCUUAGACUGCCCGCUUCUAGUAUACAGCAGUUAAUUUCAAAUCCAGUGCCGGGUGAUAUUAUACAGCCUAAUGAAGGCUCUCCUCCAUUCAAGCAAAGAGACAUUCUUAGGAAAAAAGAUCAGCAAACGAAACCUGUUGAAAACUUGUUUUAUUGCUCUGCUUAAAGUACUUCAUCACUGUAACGUAUUACUCAAGUUCCACAUUACACCGACACUGUCCAUGGCAGUGAAGCAACAGGACAGCCAGUGUCACAGUGGAUGUGUUUUAAUGUGGAGCUCUGUGGCACUGAGGGUGGCUGAGGCUGCACAGCUCAUACAUGUCAGACAAUCCACUUCAUUGUUUGUGUCUGUGGUUUCAUGAGAUUUAUUGAUAAUAAGAACAAUAUAGAACAUCACCAGACCUGCUCUGAGGGAGCGAUUUCUUGUCUUUUGAUUGGAUAUUUUUGAUCCACUUAAAUCACUUGGGAGAGAAGAGAACUAUUAAAAUCAGAUUUGCAAAACCUGUUCCUUUAACUACAAGUUUCAGCCUCAUUCCAGUGAGAAACACGUGUCUCAUGACGAUAAAAUAGUGUCCCAUUUUACUGACGACUCAGAAUGUACUGAAGGCUUUGUUGGACCUUACUGAGCUACGCAGGGGUCUUUGGCCAAUCGGACCAAAAGUGGGAUUUAAGUCUGUAUGUUUGAUUGGUACCUUAAUGCAGUCAGCUGACAGCAGCACAGAGCUUCAACUUAUUAUGACUGAUUCAAUUCAUACAAUGUGCAGCUAAAGGAAACACUGAUGUGAUACAAUAUGGAAAAUCUAGCAAAGAUUAACAUUACAGUAGCACUAUGGAGUCAGUAAGUGUCUCUGGAUUGGAAUAAAAAGGGGCUGAAACGACUGUUCACCUCCAACCCUGCCUGUUGAACCCUGGGCUAAACGUGCAGUGUGAAAAGUCUUAGGAAGCGCGAGGUGAUGUCGACUGUAUGUGAUGCUUGGAGGCUCCCUUUCAUUACAUAAUGGACCUCUGUGGCAGAUACAUUCAAAUCAGGAUUACACGUACUAUAGAUAUGAAUAGAAGUGUUUUUCUUCUUUUGUUUCUGAGAGAUAAUUCUAUAUAUAUGUAUGUAUGUAUGCACUCUUAAAGGUUAAGUCUCUGUAAUAAAUUAUAUGUUUCUAACAAAUAA